GGCUCCCUGCCUGAAUGUUAUUAUUGUCCGUAUGAUUUCUCAUAUGAAAAUGGCGGCGAGUCAGGGAGGCGGAGGAGCAGUAACAGCUCUGCAAAGCCAUCACUACCCGAAUGGACCUCACUGGAAUCCGGGACUACUGCAUCAUCAGCACCACCUGCACACGGCCAGGAGCUUGGACCGGGCUCUGGAGGAUGCGGUUUGCUCGGGGAUGUUAAAUCUUAGCGGGAGGAAACUGAGAGAUUUUCCCGGUAUGAGCUAUGACCUGACCGAUACAACACAAGCAGAUCUUUCAAAGAACAGGUUCAUGGAAAUCCCACCAGAAGUGUGCCUCUUUGCCCCACUGGAAUCCUUAAAUUUGUACCACAACUGUAUUAAGUGCAUUCCGGAAGCUAUCAUAAACCUCCAGAUGCUAACAUACUUGAACAUAAGUCGGAACCAACUAUCAACGCUGCCAAAAUACCUUUUUGACCUUCCACUAAAAGUGCUAGUAGUAAGUAAUAACAAGCUGGUGUCCAUACCGGAGGAAAUUGGAAAAGCAAAAGAUCUCAUGGAGUUGGAUAUAAGCUGCAAUGAGAUUCAGGUUCUGCCCCCGCAGAUGGGAAAACUCCAGUCCCUGCGAGAGCUCAACAUCCGGAGGAACUGUCUGCAGGUGCUCCCGGCAGAGCUUGCUGAUCUUCCUCUCAUCAGGCUAGACUUUUCCUGCAACAAAAUCACUGAGAUUCCAGUAUGCUAUAGGAAAUUAAGGCAUGUUCAACUUAUCAUACUGGACAACAACCCAAUGCAGUCACCACCAGCACAGAUUUGCUUAAAGGGUAAAGUGCACAUUUUUAAAUACCUGAACAUCCAGGCCUGCAGACAAAUGGACAAAAAACCAGACUCCCUAGACCUUCCUUCAUUAGGAAAACGGAUCCUUCAACAACCCCUUACUGACAGUAUGGAGGAUUUUUAUCCCAGUAAAAGUCAUGGACCUGACUCUGGCAUCGGCAGUGACAAUGGUGACAAGAGAUUAUCGACAACAGAGCCAUCAGAUGAUGACACCAUCAGUCUUCACUCUCAGGUAUCAGAAACACCCCGAGAACUGGUGAAAACUGACAGUCACUCAGCAGGAACAAAGCUCGACUUGAGCAAAGAUCAGGAGCCCUAUGACUACAUUGACCCCAAUACAGAGGAGGACACACCCCUUUCUGAAGCCAGCGAUGUUCACUUCAGUGGUCAAUAUGUAUCCUGCAUAAAGGAACUCGAGAGGGUACUGGGUAAAUCAAAUCAGCUGGAGGAGAAGGAUAGCUGGAAAGAGGAAUCUGGUUCUGAUAAAGAACAGCAGCAUGCCGAAGAGGAGGAUGAGCUGAAGGAGGUUAUUGAUCUGCGGAAAAUAGCUGUUCAGUUACUGCAGCAGGAGCAACAGAACAGGCGGAGGUCCUUAAUUUGUAGAGCAACAUUCAGUGAGAGCCUUAUCCACAGACGGAGACCUACAGGACGAGCACACAGAUUUCUUAGUCAUUCUGGAAGCAGCCCAAACAGCAGACAGAAGUCACCUGCAAGAUCCAUCCGAAGCACAUCGUUGGAAGAGGGAAGCACGUCUGAGUCUCUGCUGGUAGGGCAGGAGCCUGAAUUUGCUGAGGAAGACAGUCCAUUCUCUGAGCCCUCAGGGUCAGAUGAUGGUAACCCAAAGCAGGACCAAACAGAUUCAGUGCAAAAGUGGCCUGAUGCUCACCCACUAGUGUAUCACAGUGAAGACCGAAGGCGAAAUAAAUACUUAAGGAAAGAUUAUAUAAAGUAUAAGUGCCAGAGCUCUUCAAGGAAAAGCUCGAGUGGGAAUGAAAAUGAUCAUGAGGGUGGAAUCCACUCCAGUGACUGUAACACAACUCUUACAGUGUUUGGUCUGAAACCAAGAUCAGCAUUCUCGCGAAGCAGCCGUCAAGACUAUGGUGCUGUGGACCCAGGUUUCACAAUGAGAAGGAAAAUGGAACAUUUGAGGGAAGAGAUGGAACAGAUAAGACAACUUCGGGAUAACCUUGAAUCCAGGUUGAAAGUCCUGUUGCCUGAUGAUGUUGGGGCAGCAUUGAUGGAUGGGGUCGUGCUCUGCCAUCUAGCCAAUCACAUUCGACCUCGUUCUGUGGCCAGUAUUCAUGUCCCUUCUCCUGCAGUGCCUAAAUUAAGCAUGGCAAAGUGCCGACGAAAUGUGGAAAACUUCUUGGAAGCAUGUAAAAAGCUAGGUGUGCCACAGGACAAGCUGUGUUUGCCUCAUCACAUUUUAGAAGAAAGAGGACUGGUGAAAGUGGGCAUUACAGUUCAGGCCCUCCUUGACUUACCUGCCUCAAGACCUACACAGCUUUCUGCAGUAUAAUGUCAUACUCUUGCCUGCUGUUUUUAGUCUUGAACUGCUAUGUUUGUCGCAACAUUUACAGGAUCAGGAAAGCGGUCAUAAUCUGUCUGACUUCAAAAACCGAACCUUGUUCGGUUUGUGUUUUUUUUACGUUAAAGGCUGUGAGCAUGGGUGUAGCCCCUUGACUUUCAGCACUGUGCUGAGUGCGGUAUGUCACGUAGGAUGUCAUACUAUCACAUUUACAAAAGAAAAACAUUUUAAAAAUCUGCUCGAAAUGCCAGGAGCCUGAGUCACAUGUGACAUUUAUUAAAUGUCAUCUCCAUUAUUCUUCUGUCUCUCAAAAAUCUCAAGCAGGAAUCAAUUAAAUACGAGAAAACAAGCUUUCAAAAUGUCACACUGCUUAUAAUAUAACUUUGAACUCUUGUAACCUUGCUCAGAGGUUGAUAUCAAAGCCAUAAUGUAUUGCCAGCCUUCGCACAUAGUAAGUACAUCUGCAGGUCAAAGCCUUUAUAUACUGUAACAUACAGCAUUCUACAGUAGGUAUAUUUCCUUCUUAAGCAUUGGGAUAGUAAAGUUAAAUUACUGUUUUUGCUGUAUACUCGAGCAGUACAGAUUUCAGAUGAAAAAAUAAAUAUCAGGCAAAAGUAUAGAAUGUCACCCUUUAUUUCUCAUUAUUUCUGUGCAUAUUUAAGCAUGCUUUAACAUUUUAGAAUAAUACUACUUUUUGUGUUCCAUCCCCCCAUUUUAGGUGAGAAUAAGUAUUGAAAGAUAUUAAUUUGAAGUAAAUGAAAGUAGUAAGAGACUUCGAGUUUGGUUGCAUAUUCUCUGUACUCAGUAACUGCAUCAAGUCUGCCGGCCAUUGUCAUCACUAAAUUCUUGGUUUGAUCUUUUGAGAUGCUUUGUCAAGCCUUCGUCAAGCUGCCAUUCUCAGUUGCUUUUUGUUUUGGAGGGUUUCUGACUUCGGUCUCCUUUUCAGAAAGGAAAAUGCAUGCUCAAUUGCAUUUAGAUCAAGAGAAAGACUUGACCAGUCUAAGACUUUUUUCCUAUUAAUGAACUGCUUAUUUGUGUUGUCAGUCAUAGUUGGGUCAUAGUUUUGCUGCACGAUGAAGUGCCGGCCACUGAGCCAUUUACAGUACUUCUACAUAGAUAGACAAGAUGCUUCUGUACACUUUUGAAGUCAGUCUGCUGCUACAAUCAUUAGCUAUAUCAUCAAUAAAGAUGAGUGAAUCCGUUCCAGAGGCAGCCGUCAUGACACCACCCCACCUUGUUUCCCAGAUAAAGUGGUAUGCUUUGGAUCAUUUGCAGUUCAUUUCUUUCUCCAGUUUCACCUUGACAUUACAUUGGUAGAAGUCUGUCUAUAAAACUUUGUUCCAGAGCUCGACUGGCUCAUCUCUGUACUUUUUAGUAAAUGUUAAUCCGGCCGUUCUGUUUUUGGUGCUGAUGAGAGGUUUGUGUCUUGUGGUGUCGCCUUUAUGUUUUCUUCUGCUGACAUUUCUUCUGCUGACAUUGAGAUAUCUUCACCCCUGCUUUAUGGAGGUUGUUGUUGAUUUCAGCAAAAGUCGUUUUAGAGUUUUUCUUCACAGCUCUACCUUUUUCUGUCAUCAACAGCAGUUGUAUUCCUUGGCCGACCUGGUCGUUGCCUAUUGCUAAGUACCAGUGGGUUCUUUCUUUUUCAAGAUGUUCCGAAUUGUUGAUUUUGCUAUGCCCAGUUACUGUACAAUAGUUCUACUUGAAUUCUUCUUUUCUUUAAGCAUUUAAAUGGCUUGUUUUUCUUUCAUAUACUGUUUUCUAGUCUUCAGAGACACCAAAGAGAAGAGCAAAGACUUAAUCAAACACUACAUGUUCACAGCUUUUUAUGUGAGCACAAUCACUGCAACACCUGGCAGUCAGUUUUCCUACAGUCAUACUUAUGCUCACCUUAAAGUGGGGGGGUUUAACAUAAAAAGUGUCGUUAUGCUGAAAAUGUACAACUUAUAAGCACAGAAGCACCCAGAAUUAAAAGGUGCCAUUCUGUAUACUUCUGUCUCAUACUCGUCUUUUCACCUCAAAUCCAAGCUUCUUGGGUAUACAGCAAAAGUAGUAAUUUUGACACCUCUGGCCCUGUACUUAUGAAAGAGCAUUGUGUUUGUUCCAGUGUCCUUUCAUUUAACAUUUGUUCUAUUUAUAUGACAAGUGCCUGUGAUUAUGGCAUCUCGUUAGUUCCUUAAUCAUUCCAUUCAAAGAUAUGGAAAAGCUGUGGAAAAAGACCAUUUUUAUAAGAAACAAUUUACAAUAUAGAUGGCUAGGCAUGAUCCAGUUCAAGUCGUUAGUUGUUUUUUUUAAAGGUUGAAAUUUUAGCAGAUUUUCCACAAGCGUUUUAUUCAAUUGUAAACUAUGUGUAUAUAAGUAUAGGCUGAUUUUUUUUUUGUCUUAGGAUGGUAGAAAAUUGUGUACAUAGAUUUUUAAUAUUAUUUGUAAUUUAAUAUUAGUGUGAUUUCUAUUGUGGAAUGGAAACACUGAUGUUACACUUUAAAAGACAAUGAGCUGUAUUCAUAAAACUUUGAUCAUCACAUAGGGUACCACCUGCUUGUUUUUUAGUGAGAAAAAGAUGGAAGGAUGUUACAGGUUAUUUAGGUUACUACAAUAAGAUCAAAUAAUUCUUUGCUCCUUUCUAACAUAAGGGUUAGAAAACGUGAUGUUAAACUUUUAGGAAUACAGCUCAGCAAGGUGUUGUGUCCCAGAUGAUGUGCUUUUAAACUUCCCUGCCAUAUCUCUUUCAAUAUGUAGCAUUCUCAUUUUUUGUAUGCAUACAAUAUUUUAUUUUUAAAAGACUACUAUAAAUUUUAAUAUAAACAUAUUCAACAUGCAGUUGAAAAUUUGUAUUCCAUCUACAUUAAAAAUACCUUUAUCACUUUCUGUUAAUAGCUCUUAAUAUUCUCCACAUUUUAUAUAAUAAUUUACUGAAAUGGCCCAAUUAAUAGCUACUCUGCAUACUGUAUUAAAGAAACAUUUAUUUUACUUCAUGCUGGAUAAAACAACACAACAUUCUCAUGAUUGCCAUGAGAGCGCACAAUGCAGUAGACACCACAAACAGGUCUCACAGGAACAUGGAAAUAAUACACAAAUAAAAAUCUGAAGUAAUGAGAAGUCAAUUUCAUAUCCGAGCCCCAUGGGCUCAACAGACCAGAUCUCAUCCUAGUUUCUGUAGCUUUAAACAGACUAGACAGAAGAAGAUUCCCCCCUCGGUCUGUGCAUCAUACAGAUUACCCCCCCCACAACUGCCUAGCAAUGCUGGUCCCUAUUUAUAAAACUGGGUGGACUGGAGCAAAGGGGUAACAGUAGCAAUGUCUGCAAUAGGCACUCAAACCCACAACCCACCAGUCCUGAGUUACAAUGCCUAUCUUAAUUGACGGAAUAUUUAGAAAUACAUCCAAAACACAAAAGGUGGGGGAAAAUGUUUUAAAAUCUUGAUGUGUAAGAUGGGGGGAAUCUAGGUCCAAGUACAGUAAUCAAGCCUCAUGUUGCUGUAAGUUGAAUAUCACUAAAUUUGCCCAGUUUUCUCCAAUCUGACUGGUUUGUGCAGUAUACAGUAGAAGGACUGUUAUGUUUAAAUGAUGGACUUGAAACAAAACUUGAAACAAACACUUGAGGUGGCACGAGAUCCUCACCUCAUUCUUAAAUGAUGCAUUCCUUUAAUCUGAAAUGCAUGUUUUUUGUUUCAUUUUUGAGAGUUGCACUAAAAUUAAAACAUUUUUUUAAUCCCUUUAUAUUAUGUUUACGUUUAUUUCCCAUUUUAUCAAUAAUCAGUGAAAACCUUAAAGGGAACAACUAAAGAGUUUAAAAUCCUAAUAACAUUUUCUUCGUAAUUUUCCAUCAGAAAUGUGAAAAAUGCUGACAUAUUUGUUUGUUGAGUUCCAUGAAUAAUAGAAAUUGAAGAGAAAGUAAAAAAGCAAAAAAGGGUACUGAAAGAUGUCCAUACAAGUUUCAGGUGGGCCAAAAGUAGCUUUAGCCAGGAAUUAUUUGUCAUAAUUUGAGACAAUGCACAAUAAAUGCACAAUGUGCAGGAAUGAUCGUUCAUGUUAGCUAUUUUAUUAACAAUGUUUCCUACACAGAUUGAUCUCUGAGAUCUGUUGCUGUCAUCUCUGGAAUACCUUCAAGAGAUUCUUGUCAAGCAUUAGGUUCAUAUACAGUUAAUAUAUUCAGCAUUAACUGUAUCAAAAAACAUAAAUUAAACAUAAAUAAUGUUUAGAAUAGAUGUACCCUGGAUUUGACUGUUUUCAAAGCAAAUAUUACAGUAGCUCCACUUAAAAAAUUAAAGGAGUAAAGGAUAGGAACAGCUCUAUGUAUGUAACAUUUGUCUUCAUUUAAUAAAUUAAAACAAUAAUUUAAUCAAGCUUAAUCAACUUUUUUUGUUGUUUUACAAGCAUUCUUUUUCAAACGUAUUUAAAUAACAGCAAGCAAGACAUGAAAGAAUGCUCUAUACAGGAAGUCAGAAAACCUGCACAACACUUUCAGAACCAGCACAAACUAGAGGAUAUGUGGAGGGAGAUAUUUAAAGCAAAAAUGUGUUUGUGACAGUGAUACCGUCUUCAGAAUAACAGAACAAUUACUGUUACUGUUCCAAGUGAGCUUCAUUUUGUAUAUAUCAAUUUUGUGCUGAUUUAGAAUGUGAUUAUUUCCUGUUUGAACUGGAUAUUCAGUCCUCCUGGUUAUACAAUCAGACACCUGACAAGGCAGUUAGUCUGAUACAGUUAGGAAGUCUGAUACAAUCUCACUUGUGCUAUAGGCCUCUGUAUCCAGCAUGGGUCUUCGUUAUAAAGGUAUCAUUUGGAGUACUGUAUAUUUUGGAAGAUUAAAUGAAUGCAGUCUACAUCUCUCGAAAUAUUGGUUCAAAAUGCUGUUGUUGAGUUGUUUAUCAUUGUUCAAUUCCAGAAUUGGGGCAGCUUAAAAAAGAAAAUUGAUUGCAAUUACAAAAGUAAAAUGAAAUACAUUUUGAUGUAUUGCUUUUCCUUCCUUAUGACUUGUGAGAAACAAUCUUCAGAUGUCUGCAAAGAUUUAAUUUUCAAACUCCCUCCUCCCCCUGAUUUUCUUAUCUUCUGCAACUUUUCUUUUUUGCUACUUUAGAUGUAAAUCUUGCUUUUUAGUUGUUUAAUAUUGUUUUCAUUGCAUUCUGUGGUCCAUCCUAUGUGCAGAUUGGAGAAAAUAAUUAAAGCUGACACUUUGCACUACAUAUCAUUAUGGUCAUGUUGGCUCUCUGCCUGUUGAUCUUUUCCUCAGCACAAGUCACUGCAAAAGGUUUAAGGAUGUUUUUCUAAGAAUAAACCAAUUUUAUUUCAAUUCCAGGACCUCAUAUUGUAAUGACAGUGGUGCCUUCUACUUAGUUUAUAAGCCAAAGUCUCUUUUAGCACUACUAAAUCUUAAAUCAUUAUGUUGUGCACAUAUGCCUAAUCAUGACUGUAUAUAAUGACAGCAGUUAUUCUUUUUAAUGGCGACAAGUACAAUGUUACACAAUUAAUUGGGAGAUUUUAAAUAGCACUGUUGUAUUGUGCCAAUUUUGUGAACUGAAAAGGCAAACGUAGUUGGUUACUAAAGAACAUUAUGAAAUACAUUUUUUAUUUGAGUACGCUAGUCAACAAUAAUAGUUUUGAAUAUUUCCGUUCCUUCAUAAAAGAAAUAUGUUCAUUUAAAUAUUAGAUUGCAUACAAAUUAGUUGUUUUAGCAAAGGCUAUAAGCUGUUUUAGUAAUUUCAUUGGCGAAAAAAGGUUUUAUGUAAUUCCUGUUUUUGCAUUGCUUAAGUAAUUCCUCAAGGGCAGUGCCUAAACAUGUUAAACAUAAAAAGGUACUUAAAACAUUCCAAAAACAGAAUUCUACGUUUGUUCGUCGGUGAAAACAAUUGAAAUCAUGCCCCAGAAAUGUUCUUGGAUUAUGUCAAAAACUAGCUUUUUUUUAAAUAUUUCUAUUUAAAUCAUGAAUUUGCGUUAUUUUUUAAAAUGCUGAAAUAAUGUUGUCAUUGCCUUUUUUAAUAUAGAUGUAAUAUUUAUAGUUAAUAACAGUCUCUGGUUUUCAGAACUACAAAUGUGGGAAGACAAGUGUAGCUGUCAAAGUUAAUUCUUCCAUGGAUUAAAGUCAAGUAAUUAACUGUAUAAACAUUUUUGUCCAGUGAUAGAUUUCAGUUAGUUAUUAGGUUGUUAUGGUUACUGUGUAUAGUAUUGAUACCUUUGUGUUCUUCUUUACCUCAACAACAAAUGUUUAUUUUCUACCUGUUCUUUUUUGCCAUACAAUGUAUUGAGCAUUAACUUAAGGGUAAAUGAUGUUCAGUUUGGGGAGCUGUGAGCCACAAAGGAGCAACUACACAUUGAUUCCUUGCUGAAAAGCAAGAAGAAAAAUCAGUGUUUCAGCUGCGGAGCCUUAUUCACAGUAAAUGUUUCUUGCACUCCAUAAUUACAUUAUAUUUGUUACUCAGUUUUUAAUUUAAAAUUUCAUUUUAUUUUAUUAAUCAUUAUCAUUCUCUUUGUAGCCAAAGAGAGAGUUGCUGUCUGGUAGCAGAGAUACAGGAUAUUAUAGAUCUUAAAUCAGUGCACAUCAGAAUGUCAAAGAUUUGAAUACAUUCUGGGGGUGAAAUGCUGACUGUUAAAGUGUCACCUUGAACACAAUCAUGUAACUGAGCAUCAAUGCCUUAUGCUUAUAUAACCGUGUUGCUAUGGCUAUUGGUUCAGCAGUUCUGGAGAAGCUUCAACCAUUUAUAAGCUGCAUUUUAACCACAGAAUGACUUAAAAUAUUUGAAAUUCUGAAACUUCAGAUUAACCACAAUAUCCUGACUGGAUAUUAUAAAUAGCUAGUCAAGAUCAGACGUGAUGAGUGUUUUUGGUCAUUUCAUUUAAAAAAUUAUAAUAUAUUUAAAGUGUGCAGUACUAGUGAAAAGCCAUUAAAUUGUCAUUUAAAAUAAAUAAGAGACAAUUUUCAAUUUCAUUCUACAAUAUUUCAUUGAGCUUAAUUCAGAGUCAUUGCUUGGUUCAUGCAGUGUUUACUCUCAAUUUAGGGCAGCUUUAUGUAAACAUAAUAAGCUUCAAUGGAAGCUCUGCAGAGCAAUUAUCUCAAUUUGUUUCCUAACAUGUUCAUACACAGUACUUUGCCCCUAAAGAAUUGUGUAAAUUUCUAUAUCACUAAGGUUGUGUUGACAGUUAUUCAUAGAAAUGAAUCAAUAGGUAUAUAGGUUUUUUGUAAUAGACAUAUUCCACAUUCCUCUCAUUCUUCUUGACUUAGAGAAACCAUUUUUGUUUUGUAUAAUUAUGCCCAUUUUGUCUACAUUCUCCUGUAAGAUUAUGUAACAUUUUUGUUUCUUUAUACUUCUUUUGUUAUUCCGAGCUUCCAGAUGUCCUUUUACAAAAAAAAGAAAGCCUUCAGAUGUUUGUGUAUAUAGUUGUUUUGUAUUAAAAAAUGCAUGCCAAGAGAAGAUUUGACCAAACCUGAGACAAUGUAUAUAUCCUCUGUAUAAAUUGUAGGAUGUUUCUUAAGCUGUUUCAUGGUUCAGAGAAAUAAAUAAAAGGGUCUUUUCCAGUUAA